UUGUUGUUUAUUAAAGAAAAGUAGCGCAUCAUUUGUCAUUUUAGUUAUAUACGGAGUAUAUUUUUUUUAAUAAUAAAAUUUUAAUUCCUAGUUAAUUAACUUGUGUUACUCAAAAGAAGAUUGGAUUGUUUAUAAACUACACAUAUUUCAUAAGAACAAUGCAUUUCGCAAAGCUCGAUGACUCCCCGAUGUUCCGUAAACAGAUGCAGUGCUUAGAAGAAAGUGCUGAAUUGCUAAGGGAAAGAAGUUUAAAGUUCUACAAAGGAUGUCGAAAAUAUACCGAAGGGCUUGGUGAGGGAUAUGAUGGGGAUAUCGCUUUUGCCAGUACUCUUGAAACUUUUGGUGGUGGGCAUAAUGAUCCCAUUAGUGUCGCUUUUGGAGGUCCUGUUAUGACUAAGUUUACCAUCGCUUUGCGGGAGAUUGGAACGUAUAAGGAAGUUCUUCGAUCUCAGGUUGAGCAUAUACUAAAUGAUCGAUUGCUGCAAUUUGUCAACAUAGAUUUACAUGACGUGAAGGAGGCACGUAAGCGUUUUGACAAGGCCAGCAUUCUAUAUGACCAGGCUCGAGAGAAGUUCCUGUCCUUGAAGAAAGGCACCAAAAGUGAUAUAGCUACGAUAUUGGAGGAGGACCUUCAUAACGCAAGGGCUACUUUUGAGCAAGCAAGAUUCAAUCUGGUCACUGCACUUUCUAAUGUUGAAGCGAAAAAGAGAUUUGAAUUCCUGGAAGCAGUUAGUGGUACAAUGGACGCCCAUCUUCGUUACUUUAAACAGGGAUAUGAGCUUUUGCAUCAAAUGGAGCCAUAUAUAAAUCAGGUGUUGACAUAUGCUCAACAAUCUAGAGAAAGAUCAAAUUAUGAGCAAGCAGCCCUUAAUGAAAGAAUGCAAGAUUAUAAAAGACAGAUUGAUCGGGAAAGUAGGUGGUCUUCAAAUGGUUCCAAUGGAUCUCCAAAUGGUGAUGGCAUUCAAGCCAUUGGUAGAAGUUCCCAUAAAAUGAUAGAGGCAGUCAUGCAAUCUGCUUCUAAGGGAAAGGUUCAAACCAUUCGGCAGGGAUAUCUUUCAAAGCGCUCGUCAAACUUAAGAGGUGACUGGAAAAGAAGGUUUUUUGUUCUUGAUAGCAGAGGAAUGUUGUACUACUAUCGCAAGCAAAGUAGCAAACCAUCUGGGUCUGGCACUCAAAUUUCUGCUCAGAGGAAUAGUUCUGAACUUGGUCAUGGGCUACUCAGUCGUUGGCUUUCUUCUCAUCACCAUGGUGGAGGUGGAGUACAUGAUGAGAAAUCUGUUGCUCAUCACACUGUUAACCUCUUGACAUCAACAAUAAAAGUUGACGCUGACCAAUCGGACCUCAGAUUUUGUUUCAGGAUUAUUUCUCCAACUAAAAAUUAUACUUUGCAGGCAGAGAGCACCCUGGAUCAAAUGGACUGGAUAGAGAAGAUAACCGGUGUUAUUGCUUCAUUGCUGAGUUCUCAGGUUCCUGAGAGGUGUUUGUCUGGUAGUCCUAUGGGGAGUAGCCAUCAUCGAUCUGCGAGUGAUAGCAGUUCAUUUGAAAGUUCUGAUUUCGAUCACACCGGUGUUGAGGAAUACACAUCUAACUAUCCAAACCCUGGCCGCCUAUCAAGAAUUUCACAUCACCUUCAAUCUGCCCCAAAACCUAUAGACGUGUUGCGUAGAGUUUGUGGGAAUGAUAAGUGUGCCGAUUGUGGGGCUUCCGACCCAGAUUGGGCAUGCCUAAAUCUAGGAGUUCUUGUCUGCAUUGAAUGUUCUGGUGUGCACCGUAACCUUGGUGUCCACAUAUCAAAAGUACGGUCAUUGACACUUGAUGUUAAAGUGUGGGAGCCGUCGGUGAUAACCUUGUUUCAGUCUUUGGGGAAUGCCUUUUCUAAUUCAGUUUGGGAGGAAUUAUUGCAAUCGAAAGGUGCCUAUAAGACGGAACUUGUCCCAACAGGGUUGUACAAGUCUGAUAAGCCUCAACUCCUUUAUUUCUGCAAACCCAAUCAUUCUGAUUCUAUAGCCGUGAAGGAGAAGUUCAUUCAUGCAAAGUAUGCUUUGAAAGUUUUUGUACGAAAACCCAAGGAUUAUAGCUUGGUUACCGAGCAUAUAUGGGAGGCUGUGCGUGCUAAUGACAAGAAAGCUGUAUACCGUUUGAUUGUGAACUUUGAAGCGGAUGUGAAUCAUGUAUAUGAACAUGGGUGUUUUAAUUCUUCUCUGACCCUUGCUAAAGCAAUGCUGCUGCAAGAGCCGAUCACACCUGAUCAUACCUCUGUUUGCUUGGUGAGGGAUUCGUCAGGGAGGUCCUUAAACUCUUCAAUAGUAGCUGGCACUAGUGAAAGACACGGGGAUAGAGAUGGUAUGGAAGAAUAUGAUGGGUGCACUCUACUCCAUCUUGCUUGCGAAACAGCAGAUGUUGGUAUGAUUGAGCUACUCCUGCAGUAUGGUGCCGCUAUAAAUGUUUUUAGUUCGAAAAGCCAAACACCGCUCCAUCAUUGCAUCCUCAGAGGCAAAGCUGCAUGUGCAAAGCUGCUUCUGACAAGAGGGGCUGACCCACAAGCUGUAAAUGGUGCUGGUAAAACAGCAUUGGAGGUUGCAGUUGAAUCCAAUUUUAGGGACAACGAAGUCCUGAGUCUAUUAGCAGAUUCAAAUGGGUAAAACGCGAAGGUAUAUAGAUUGAUAAAUAUUUGGAAGGUAUCUCAUGUGUGUAAAGUAGUCAAGAAUGACAACAGUAGUGAUUGCAACUAGAAGAGAUGCAAAUCGAGGACUGCUGAAUGUGAAGGGAGUACGGCAUGCAUUAUAUAUUCAUGUGUGUAAUGUAACGGGUGUUAAUGUAAGUAGCAUGUGAAUGUUAAGGAGGUUAAGGGUGGGGGUAGUUGAUUUGUUUGUUUGUGUUUGAUAUCAUUUGGGGUUGGUGGUUGUGGUCUUUCGAUGUACAUUGUUUUGGCUAAGUGUAUUUUGGACUCAAAGUUAGUAAAAUUUUGACUACCUUCUCCGCCA